UUUGGAAUUUGAAUACUUUGCCCUCCUCAGAGAGACGUUACCUCGACUUUUCCCAGACAAUUUUUAAUAAAAAAUUAAAUUCUAUUUUUUACAGGGCACUCUCUCUCCUAUAUAAACCCUAUCUGUACUUUCAACUCACUCUGUAUUCAUUUCUUCUUCUUUGAGUUGUUGUGUUCAUUCAAUGCCCUAAAUUUUCUCAUUUAUAUCCAGACACAUUCUUCACUUUCUCUCUCUUAACUCUCUCUUAAAUUUCUAGGGCCUGUCUCUGACAAAAUAGCCGUUCCAAGCUGCAUUUUCUUGGGUUUUCUCUAUCUUUUGACUGAGAAUGGGAGGCGAACCAAAAGGCGAUGUCUUCAGUUGUGUGUUUAUACUGGAUCCAUGGAAAUGGGAUUGAGGAUUUUUGUUCAGAGAAAUUAGGGCUUUUUAAGGGUCUUUUGAGAUGGGAGGAGAGAAGCAAGGCGUUUGGUCUCAGCUGUUCGGCAAUGGCGGAUCAAUGCGCAGGAAAUUAGGGUUUCAUCAGAAGAUCAUUCCAGCAGAGACACAAAAAGAAGAUCCAAGGAAGUUCGAUGAUGAGAAGAUGCUACUGGACAAGCUUCUUCCAAUUUUGGAUGAGAACAGAGGACAGGAUGUACAUACAAAAAGAAGUGAAACAAGCAGCAUCGCUUCCUCAACAGAAGUUGAAGUGGUUGGUAGCAAAGCACCUGGUGUGGUAGCCAGGCUCAUGGGUCUCGACUCUUUACCCUCCAAAGAUGUUUUAGAAACCAACUCAACCCGGUUUACUGUAGCAAUCCAUGGCAUACCCAUUAGAAAUCAGUCAAAUAAACUUGAUAUUGUGUCUAAGAAAUCCAUGGAAAUGAGUCCCCAGAAGUUACAGAAAACUUGUUUGAUUGAGAAAAGGCCAACCACCCAAAGGUUCCAAUAUGAGAAUAUGAAUAUACCUUUGAUUUCACGUAAUUCUCAAUCAAAGCAUCUAGUAAGAAACAAUCAAGAAGGAAAUGAAAGGACUCAGUGGGUCAGUCCAAAUUCCAAAGAGAGUGACAGCAGUUCAGUUAUUGGGAGGAAUCGGGGAAAAUCAAUCUCGCUAGCUGUUCAAGCUAAGGUCAAUGUGCAGAGAAGGGAGGGCUUGUCUAAUGGUUCUAUGGUCCAAAAGGCACUACCUGAUGAGUCCAGAUUGAACCGCCAAUUACGAAGCCAACCAAAUGUUCAAAACACUAAGCAGAAGAAACCUGUGCCUUCUUCUGUUCUUAAGCAGAACAACCUCAAACAAAACUCUUCUAAGGUAUCUUCUAGUAAGCCUUCCAUUACUAAAGAACAUGUUGGUUUAACUUCUGAUAGGAAAAAUGAGCCACGGUCCAAGUCUCAAGAUAGAUUUACAAAUGUUGCAAAAGCUGGAAUCAAGAAAGCAAGCCUAGAGAGAAGUGCGUUAGACAAAGAACCUGCCUCUUCGAGAGACAAGGUCUCAGGUGGAAAGAAAAGACAGAUAGAUGGGGCUCUACGUGCUGAAAAGAGACGGCCUGGAGUGACUGUUUUGGCAGAAGAUAAACGGGUUUUCAGAGGAAAUCUCUCUGGACGAGCAGAAAGUGAGAAAAGGAAUAACAUGUGGCACCCUGAUGAAGAGACCAUUUCUAGUAGUAGUAGUAAAUGUAUGGAUGUUGUCUCCUUUACUUUCUCUUCCCCCAUGAUGCCCAUGCCUAGACCUCGUCCCUAUAUGGAAACAACAGAAGAGCACACACAAAUUGUCAAAGAUGAUUUGAUUUUUGGGUCUCGUGGUGAAAUGAACUUCUCGAGUGCUAAAACUAGGCAUCCAUCAUCAAACCAUGGUUCUAGAGUUUUAGGGGGAGAUGCUUUGGGUUCUCUUCUAGAACAGAAGUUGAAGGAGUUGACAUCAGUUGGUGUUACAUCAUCAAAGGUUUCUGGUGCCCUUGCAACGGCAUCCAUAUUACAAGAUUUGAUACAUAAGCUUAAUACUCAAAGCCUUGCGACAAAGGAAGAGGAGAAGAAGGGCACAGUGAGGCCUCAAAAAGAUAAUUCGUGUAGAGGCACUUCAUCGAUUGAAUCUGAUUGCUGGUCAGCAUGUGGUCCUACAUCCAAUACAAAGCUUGAGUUUCUGGUGCCUGAAACAACAAGGGACGGCAAACUUAAUGCUACAAAAGGACGCCUUGCCACCUUGAAAUCUAUGGCUGGAGAUGAUUGUGACUACCAGAGCCCAGUCUCAACUCUUGAGGCUGCUUUCCCAUGUGAUAGUUGCAACUCGUCCGAGAGCUUUGAUAGCAGUACACUUGGUAUCAAGCUGCAUCCUACAUUGCUAUCUAAGACAGCAGAACCAGAGGCUGAAGAGUUAUCUGAUUCUGCUUCCUCUCUUAUACCAGAGAUAAGCAACUUUACCCCAUUAGAAAUUGGCGUCAAAAGAGGCCAACAGAGAGUAGAGAGAGCGGAACUAGAAUAUGUCAGGGAAAUUAUUAGCAGCUCAGAUUUAAGGUCUGAGUAUUUGGCAGGUUCAGGCGAGUUUAUCGAUCCACUUCUCUUUGACAGGCUAGAGAGAGGAAAUCAUGAGCGUGGAUUAAAGCAAGAGGACCGCAUGGAUAGUAAAGCUGCUUUUUUACAUAGGAAGGUGGUUUUUGAUUGUGUAGGGGAGUUUGUGGAUUCAAAAUAUAGCCGAUGUGGAAAGGGUGGGUAUAAAGUAUGGGCCAGAGGGCUCGUAGCUAUUUCAAAUAAGCAUGGAUUGGUAGAAGAAGCAUGCGUAGAAAUAUCAAGGUGGAAAAGCAUGGGAGAAUGCAUGGUUGAUGAAAUUAUAGAGAAAGAUAUGAGCAUUGGAUUGGGGAAGUGGGUGGACUUUGAGGCUGAGAGAUUUGAAUUGGGGACGGUGGUUGAGAUGGAUUUGUUUCAGGCGUUAGUUGAUGAAGUGGUGGAUGAUAUCUUAGGAUGGCCAAGACUGUAAUUAUUGCCAUUGUAUCUAUAUUCCUUCUGUUUCUUUAUUGAUGUGAUCUCUCUCUCUCUCGCCA